UCUCUAGGUUUUACAAGGAGCAGAAACAAGGACUAAAUGAUGAGUAAUCUGUCUAGUGCCACUGAGUUCUACCUUCUAGGAUUCCCUGGGUCCCAAGAACUACACCACUUUCUUUUUGCUGUAUUCUUUUUGUUCUACUUAAUGACAUUAAUGGGAAACACAGUCAUCAUUGUGAUUGUGUGUGUUGAUAAACGCCUGCAGUCUCCCAUGUAUUUCUUCCUUGGUCAUCUCUCUGCCUUGGAGAUCUUUGUUACAACUAUUAUUGUGCCCAUGAUGCUUUGGGGUUUGCUGCUCCCUGGGAUGCAUACAAUAUCUUUGGGAACAUGUGUUACCCAGCUCUUCCUGUAUCUUGCUGUGGGAACCACAGAGUUUGCAUUACUGGGAGUGAUGGCUGUGGACCGUUAUGUGGCUGUCUGUAACCCUCUGAGGUACAACAUCAUUAUGAACAGCCGCACCUGCAUCUGGGUGGUCAUUAUGUCAUGGAUGUUUGGGUUCCUUUCUGAAAUAUGGCCUGUCUAUGCCACAUUUCAGUUAACCUUCUGCAAGUCGAAUCUGUUAGACCAUUUUUUCUGUGAUCGGGGACAGCUGCUCAAAUUGUCCUGCGAUGACACACUUUUCACAGAGUUCGUUCUUUUCUUAAUGGCUAUUGUCAUUAUCAUUGGCUCUCUGGCCCCAACAAUUGUCUCCUACACCUACAUCAUCUCUACCAUCCUCAAGAUCCCCACAGCCUCGGGCCGGAGGAAAGCCUUCUCUACUUGUGCCUCUCAUUUCACCUUUGUUGUGAUAGGCUAUGGCAGCUGCUUGUUCCUGUUUGUGAAGCCCAAGCAAACACAGGCAGCAGAAUACAAUAAGAUAGUUUCCCUGUUGAUUUCUGUGUUGACCCCUUUCCUGAACCCUUUCAUCUUCACCCUCAGGAAUGACAAAGUCAAAGAGGCCCUUCAGGAUCAAAUGAAUCGGUGCUGUCCACUGGUCAAGAAUUAA